CAUUGGUAUAAUUCUUUUUAACGUCAGUGUGAAUAACGUAAUAAUGUUUCCACUGCUCAGUUGUGGUUUUACCUGGAAGUAGUCACGCUGGGCAGCAUGACCGGAACAACAAGAUGGCGGAGAAUGGGGUGUUUCGGGGGUCAGUCCUGUAACACAGACUGGUGAAGCAGCCGUGUGUCCCCACAUCAAAACCAUGAAUCUCCAGCAGCCAGCCCCUCUCAUGCCCCCCGUUCACCCUGAUGUGCAGAUGAAGCCCCUUCCCUUCUAUGAUGUGUUGGAUGUUCUGAUCAAACCUUCAAGUCUAGGAGCAAGUACUACACAGAGGUACCACCGAAAAUAUUUUAUAUUUGCAUUGACACCGCAACAAGUUAGAGAAGUAUGCAUAUCCCGGGACUAUCUACCAGGUGGCAGAAGAGACUAUAUGGUUCAAAUUCAACUGAGGUUUUGCUUAUCAGAGACGAGCUGCCCUCAAGAGGACAAUUACCCCAACAGUCUUUGCAUAAAGGUCAAUGGAAAACUGUUUCCUCUGCCAGGCUAUGCACCGCCACCAAAAAACGGUGUGGAACAGAAGAGACCAGGAAGACCGCUAAACAUUACCUCCCUCGUCAGACUCUCAUCUGCUGUACCCAAUCAAAUCUCAGUGACAUGGGCACCUGAAAUUGGAAAGACCUACUCUAUGUCUGUAUACCUGGUGAGGCAGCUGACAUCACCUCUGCUUCUGCAAAGACUGAGGAUGAAGGGGAUCAGAAACCCAGACCACUCUAGAGCACUAAUUAAAGAGAAGCUGACAGCAGAUCCAGACAGUGAGAUUGCUACAACAAGCCUCCGUGUGUCACUUAUGUGCCCGCUGGGUAAGAUGCGACUGACAGUGCCAUGCAGGGCAGUGACGUGCUCUCAUCUGCAGUGUUUUGAUGCUGCCCUCUAUCUGCAGAUGAAUGAGAAGAAACCUACCUGGAUCUGUCCUGUGUGUGACAAGAAGGCUGCAUACGAGAGCCUCAUCAUUGAUGGUUUAUUCUUGGAGAUCCUGAAUGACUGCUCAGAUGUGGAUGAAAUCAAGUUUCAGGAGGAUGGAACCUGGUGCCCCAUGAGACCAAAAAAAGAAGCUCUGAAGAUCCCUUCUCAGUCAGUUCCAAAAAUUGAAACCUCGGCUCCUUUGCGCCAGCCUUCAGUAGUCCCCCAUUCUACUGAGCCCAACUAUAUCAAGAGGGCCGAUGUGAUUGAUUUGACUCUGGAAAGCUCUUCUGAUGAUGAUGAAGAGGACACAGCCCCUCCACUGAAGAAACGCUGUGUUUACAUUUCCAAGAAUGAGGAGAUGCAUGCAAAGGGAGUGUUGACCUACCAGCCCACUGUUCGAGUGCCAAAUGUCCAGGCCCUUGACCCAUCAUAUCUGAACUCUACACUUGCCGACUAUGCAGUCCCCUUCCAUCCUUCUGCCUUGGCCACCAUCCCCACAGACAUGCAGAGUCUGGAUCUGUUUUCCUUAAUUCAAGCCGAUUCACAGCAUUACCGGCCUCAGAUCUUCUUGGACAACCUGACAAGCAACAUGCAAACUGCAGCUGCAGCCACCACCAGCUCAGCUUUGGUCUCCUCCUCCAGCAGCCACUAUGACACCAGCAGCCAUGCUGCCAACUCCAUCCACGAGACUAGGGUCAUCACAGGAGGAGGGGGGAGCACAGGAGGAGGGACUGACAGUGGCAUAUCAGAUAUCAUUUCACUAGAUUGAGCCACACCAUACUGGACCUGUUCAGGCCUGUUUUUGAUUCUCUUUUUAAUGUGGGAUACAUGUAAAUGAAAUGUUGAGUUUUACACAGAAGCACCAAACUGGUAUACAUGAGCACUUUGAUGAACUGCACAUUUACUCCAUGUUGAGGCCAUGAUGGUAUCCUGGCAUAUUCUCGGUUUUUAACAGUGCUAAUGUUAGGAUGAUAAAUUUCUUGAUGCCCAUGGACCAUAUUAACUGAAGACAUAAGGGUUUCCUAAACAUGCCAGCAAACCUUUUAGUUCUCUAGACUUCUGGUGUGAGAAAUGGUCAUGUUUGCUAUUAUACUUAAUGAAAACCAUUUCAGACUAAGACUAAAAAUUUCAUUUUUAGUUUUACUUUUUUUUUUUUUUUAACUUUAAUUUUUUUAAAUCAUACCAUCAUGGUGACGAAUAGUCUUGUGGCCAUCCAUAUAUAGUUGUAUAUUAAAAGAACAAAAUAAAUAAACCUCCCAGCCUCAGCUCUGUAAAGUUUGUCCUGGCAGAAAGAUAAAUGCCUGUGAUACUUUUUCCCCCCAGAGUACUAUAACUAUUUAGAACAAAAAACUCUUCAUUUAUACCAAUUUGUUUGCUUACCAUACAUGCAAAUCUGACCGCAGUUUAUUCUCAUUGACCUGAACUGUGUGCCUCAUUAGUGUGGGAUGGAAUCAGCUUGGAUGGGAAAAGAACCUGGACUAACCAUUCUCCAAGUAAACAGACGGUUGGACGUAAGAAGCCUCUCAUCUGUGAAAAAAAACAAACAAAAAACUUGUGGAUGGAUCACUGAGUGGUUGUUCUACCACAUCCACAGUGGAUGGAGCUGUUUCUAGUUCUUGGUGUAUCUGCUGGCUGUGUAUUCUGUGUUGGGCUUUGUUUCAGGUCAUCUUUUAUGUCAUACCAACAUAAAUUGUUCCUUUGUUUUACUAUACAGUCAACGAAUCAUAGCAAUAAUAAUUUAACAGGUGUUAAAUAGACUUGUAAGUGUAGAUUCCAGCUGGUCUGUACCACAAGGCUGCUCUGCCUCCCAACUCCAGUUUCUUUUGUGUAUGUUCAGUGUAAUUUAAUUAAUUGCAAGGAGUUUUUUUUAAUAGAGAAGUAUACUUAAAGGAAUUGGUCACAAUCUGCUCAUUUACUUAUUUUCAGAGAAUGACGUGUUCAGGUGGAUGUUAAUCUCAGGGCUACGUGUUACAUACAGACCUAGACUAUGUCCAAUGCGACAUGUCACGCUUUCACUACUCCCUAUAUAUUCAAGUUUCAUAGUUUACCUCACAGACAGUUUAUACAGAAGACUUGUUGCCUUGUCUUAGCAGAAAAAGCACAGAUGUAAUUGAGGCCCACAUUUCUUGUGAGUGAAUUUGUUCCACUGCACUGCUACUGUGCUCACUGUCAUGGCUGCAGUGGAAUUGAUAUUAACAUUGGUCAGUGUCAUAAUCAAAGGCUAGACAUGGUCAACAACAAUUUUCAGGUUGGCUGUGGCAUUUAAACUAUUCUCAUUUGGGGCCCAAAGUGUGCCACACCAUUACACCAGCAGCAGCCUGAACCAUCGAUACAAGGCAGGAUCGCUUUCAUGUUGUUUCAGACAAAUUCUGAAACCUGCUAUCCAAAUGUCCAGUAGAAACUGAGACUUAUCAGACCAGGCAACAUUUUUCCAAUCAUCUCUUGGCUAAUUUUGGUGAGCUAAACAGUAGCCUCAUUGUCUUGUUCUUAGGUGAAAGAAGCACCACUUGAUGUGCUCUUCUGCUGCUGUAGCCCAUUUGCUUCAAGAUUUGAUAUGUACAUUCAGAGAUGCUCUUCUGCAUACAUUGGUUGUAACGAGUGGUUAUUUGAGGUACUGUUGCCCUUCAGCUUGAAAACGUCUGGCCACUCUCCUCUAACCUUUGGCAUCAACAGGGCAUUUUCACCCAGAGAACUUUCACUCAUCUGAUAUUUUCUCUUUUUUGGAUCAUUUUCUGUAAAACCUGGAGAUGGUUUGUGUGAGAAAAUCCCAGUAGGUCAGCAGUUUUUGAAAUAUUGAGACCAGCCCAUCUGUCUCCAUAAACCAUGCUACAUUCAAAGUUACUUAAAUGACCUUUCUUACCCAUUCUGAAACUACAUUUCAGCAGGUCGCCAUGUCUACAUGCCUAAACGCUGUGAGUUGCUGUCAUGUGAUUGGCUGAUUCGAUAUAAAGUGGAGAUGAUAUAUCUAAUAAGGUGGUGUGUGUGUGUGUGUGCAUACACAUACACUCACUCAUGGUAUUCAUGGUCAGAAGUGACCAUGAAUACCCCCAUAUAAUAUGGUUUGUUACCUGAAAAAAAGGGACAGUGACACAAACACCUUUUGCAAAAACUCUUACAUUUUGUAUGCAGGUUGUCUACAUAAACAGUGGUUGUUAACCCUCUCAAAUAAUGACUCAUUCAUCUUCUCAUCUCAUGCUCACAAACUAAAGUCAGACAUGUUCACAUGUUUUCACUGUGUAUCAGUUGUAACAAGUAUGAAUAGUUCAGAGCAAUAUGGUGUAAAUUAAUUAUUUUCCUUGACAUUAAUGUAAAACUUUAGUUCAUCCUGGAAACGUUUCGUGUCCCUCACUUUCAAUUAUCAUUUAAAGGCCAUCUGCUGUUUUUAGUUUUGAUGAAGAUAGCAUCAUUCAUAAUUGUUAAAAUCUGCAAUUUAGCUCAUUAUCUCCCACUUGGUGGCCUACAACAUAAAGAAUUCUAAGCCAGAGCAGCUGCUGUCUCAUAAUGACAUUAUCUGGAUUGCUUGCUGUUAAUUUAGACUAACCAGCCAAUCUCAGGGUCUCAGUCAGCUUUCUGGGCUUAAACUGGCUGUAAAUUCAGAUAUAGCCACAUGUACCUGAAAUUGUUAUAUAAAAAUUAGAGGGAUGUAUAAUAUUUUUAGGUCAGUGUAUUUUUUUAUUCAACUAUUGUGCUACUAAAUGUUGGUGUUUGAAAGUGGACAUGUUAAGGCUGAGUCAAGAGUGAACCCAUAAAAUUACAAAACAAAGCGGAAAGCCUUACUCGUGGCAUCUAGUAACAAAGAUGAUUUUGUGAACAGAAAACAUUGCUGCCUAGUUGCAUGAACUGCUAUAUUGGGUAGAAACAAAAAUUUCAAAACCAUUUUUUGUAAAUUUGGUGAACCAACACUUAAGAAUGGCAUACUUAAAAGCUAUAAACACCAUAAAAAAAUUACUGCAUGUUUACAUCUUUAUUUACAUAGACAAAAUUGGAAGACGUUUGCAGAAAGAGAACCUUUUUAUGAGAUCACUGAUUGUUUUACUUCCCCUGUAGGCAAGAUGGUAGUGAUGUGGAUCCACUGAUUUCUGUGUCAUGUUUCUUUAUUUAUAUAUAUUUUUAUACUCUUGAUACUGUACUGUCUAUUUCUCUUUAAACACAACAUUAACAGAAAAAGUGCUCUCUCUUGUUUGCCUCAAAUUCUAGAGGUUUAUUGUGUCUUUUCCUGUAUUUGUCAAUUUCCAGCAUUUGGUAUCGUGGUACAUGUGUAGCUGUUUUUUUUUGUUUGUUUGUUUGUUUUUUUUUAAUUAUUAUUAAAUGUUUUGUUUUGUA